AUGAAGUUUCUCUACUCGGAGCUUCGCGCUGCAAAGGCUAAGGUUAUAACAUCACACGGUGCUGGCGGUCUAGCUUUCGGCAAUGGUCCUUCUGUUCUCCAGAUCCUGAACAACCACAACCUGCUUGGCUCAGAUAUACUCAUCUCUCACGCCAACUUCCCAAAGGAUGGCGACGCAGAGCUUGUCAAGAAGCACAACGCCUGCAUCUCUGCUACUCCCAACACAGAGCUUCAGAUGGGAUGGCCGCCAGUCGCCCUUCACCCAGAGUUUGAAGCAAACUCCAGCCUCGGGGUUGACUGCCACAGCUGUGGCAGCAGCUUCAUGCCCAAUCAGAUGCGACUGGGCUUGCAGUAUGCCCGACUCGAACGACAAGAGAAUCUUCGGAGACAGGGCAAGUGGAGCCGGCAUGUCGGUCCGUCAGCUGAGCAAGCCUUCAAUCUCGCUACAAUUGGCGGCGCAAAGGCGAUUGGCAUGGAGGGUGAGGUUGGCCAGAUCCGCGUUGGAGCAAAGGCAGACCUAGUAGUCUUCAGCACCGACAGCCCCGCCAUGCUUCCUGCUGCUGAAGAAGACCCUAUUGCAGCGGUGAUUCUGCAUUCGAGUGAGAGAGACGUGGAAACUGUCAUCGUUGGAGGCGUCAUUCGGAAGGAGAAUGGAAAGUUACUACCUGUGUCAUUUACCGGUCAAGUUGAGGGGUCGAGUGACCUCGGUCUUCACGGGAAAAGCAUUACGUGGAAGGAUGUUGCGGUGAAUUUGAUUCAGAGCCGGAGUAGAUUGAACAAGAAGGCAGAAGGUAUCGACAUGACGGUGGUGGAAGAGACGAUUAUCGACAAUUUCUACAUGAACCGGAAGGAUAUGCUUGAGCAGUCAUGA